AUUAAAUGCCAAAUUCGAAACAUGUCUGUCAACGUGAUUAGACAAUUGUUCUAAAAAUGAUGUAAUAUUAUCCAGAAAUAAUAAACCAAAUUAAAAUUAACGUAAUCUAUACCAGAAAAAAUGCCAUAUUCAGCUAACAGAAGUCGAAGCAGAGGUCUCCAGGAUGACAAAGAAAGUAAAAAAGUAAAAUCUCGGCAAGAAAAUGUAAAAAAGGAGCGGGCCGUAAAAUGGUUUCAGAUGAUUGGUCUAACCGUCGCGGAGUUUAUCCUUUCAGUAAUAUGUCUUGCGUUGGCUGCCGUGUAUUUCCAAAAAGUCGAAUAUUACAGAAACCAACAUCAAAUUAAACAUCCGCUUGAUAGUGUUCGAUACAUUUUGCUACCUCCAGCUCCGAUGGCUAUAGCAGGAACGUUCGUAGCAAUUACAUGGGUGGAUCUUGCUUCUUGGAAUAGCGUCAGACCAGUAACCUACUUCGGAUGGGUGAUGGUCGCCGCAGCGGGAUUUCUAAUGUUCUGUCUAUACUCUGGAUGUAUUUUACUCACCACCAACGACACAAUUUGCAUUAUUGGAAUUGUUUUUGGUUUCAUCACAGCGUUACUGUUUUUAGGUGAUUUAAUAUGCCUCCUAGUAUCUUUGAAGCGUUUCCCUGCCCCAUACUGGACUAUGAAAAGAAGGCAUGAUAGGAUGGACCAAUGUGUUUGUACUACUGAUUACAAAGCAAACCAGGCAAUUAUUGAUAGGCCGUUAUGCAGAUGCGGGGACCACUGGGACGAGCCAUGUACUUGUGAUGAUCCUGAUUUGACUUGCGGUUGUGGUUCUGGGAAAGAUGGCAAGAAACCACCAUGCGACUCAGGCGAAUGCACCGAAUAUGGCGAUGGAUUAAGGCCGCAAUCACCAGACGAUCCACCAAGAAUAUCCACCAUGACUGGACGGGACCAAAUCGAAGACAAACGUAAAAAUAUCCUUACACAAUGCACCCUUGCGAUGGAAGAGGACGUAGCAGAUUUAACUUAUUGCUCUCAAGUUUUUCCUGGACAGUACUGUGUCGAUUCUCUUCCAGACGGUCGUCGAGCUACCUCCAUUCUUCAUCCAAGAAUGAGCACUUUUUCAGAAAUCGCCCGACAAAGAAAGUCUGUUGCCCUGUCUCAGGCACCUCUAUUAGCAGAGAAAUCAGGCAUUUCUAUGCAUAUGGAAGCCGAAGGUAUGGAAUUACCAAAUGCGAUCACCAACGUACCACAUCCGGGACAUCAUUAUAGUGUAACUGCCGGUAAUAGGCUUUUGAAAAGGUCACAAUUAAUUCCUCCUUCUCCGAAAGCUAUUCCUCAAGAAGAAGUGCUUUCACCACCACUCGUGGAAAUGGAUACUCCUAAAUCGAGACGUUUUACUAUGACAUCUCAAUUUGGAGAGUAUGCGAGUGAUCCGUCUAAUAGAGCAUCAAUAAGUCCUUCAAAGAUGGCGGGGCCGUCAAUAGCGCAGGCUGCUGAACAUGGCAUCUUGAAUGAGGUAUUAACAAAUACAAUAAGUACACCAACAGCAGCAAGAGUUAGUAAAAUGGAGCCUGCUCACCCGAGAAAGCCUAAAGACUCUAGAAAAUCUACGUAUAUGAAAUAUUCGCUUUGCGAUAGCACUAUCGACGAUAAGGCCAUCGCAUCAAAAUAUGCUAUUAAGGAGAAUAAACAUGUGGAAUCUAAUAAGCCAAUACUAAGAAAGUCUAUUUUCCAUGAUGCCAGCGAAAAACCAAUUCAACUAAUCAGCAAAUUAUCAUCUGAUGAUGAAUACGGAGAGGGCGACUAUGGUAAAAAAGGUGAUUCUCCCGAAAACAAAAAAGGUCAUUCAAAAGAUUUAAAACUAAAACAAAAAUACUCAACCGACGCACUACUAGAAUCAAUCAAAAAAGCAGACUCUGAGAUAAGAUACCAGAACGACAUGGAAACACACCUGCAAAUAACUCCGACAUCGUUGCCUGGACGUGUUGAAUGGCUGGAUGAGAGAGGAAGGACGUAUGGAUACAAAUCUGGAAGCCCCAGAAAACAUUCGAGUGUGUCUGCCAAAGCACGGACGCCACGGAAAGAUUCUUCUACUCAAGUACGAUCUAAGAGCAGUGUUGAUAGUUUAGGUGCAGUAAAACAUGUAAGAAAUGUGUCAACUACUGUGAAAGCAGUAAGAACUCUAAGCAGAGUUAUGGAGGCUGAAAACGAAGCAAAAAGCGCAGAAAAAGGGGAAGAGUAUUCCAGUUCAAGUACAAUUACUAUAAAAAAGCCUCAUAAAUGAACAAAUAGGAAAAAGUUUACAAUACACUCAAUAAAUUUGGCAUCCAUUUGCUAAAAUAGGAACUGAUGACCAAAAAAUCUUUUUUGUAUCGUUUCAUAUUAGAUGUAAAGCUUUAGUUUUACUUUUAUACACUUUUUUUUUUGUUUAAUGAUUUUACACAUCACAGUUCAAAGUUUAACAUUUUUAUAUUGUUUAUUUGCGAUCCUAAGUUUUAAGAAAGUUUAAUUAAAUUCCUAAUUAUGG